UGAGCGCCGAGCCGGAGCGGGAGGCGGCUCGGCUGCAGCGGUACGGGGAGGGCCGCGCCGGCUCCUUCUGCAGGUCUCCGUCAGCUCCCCUCGCCGUCACUGGGGCGCCGUGCUGCUCCAGGCCGGGGCGGAAGCUGCGGCCUCCGCGGGCUGCCGGAUCCGCGUCCCGCCUCAGCGCCCGGAGGACAUGCGGGAGAGAGAAUGAGCCAGAGGGACACGCUGGUGCAUCUGUUUGCCGGAGGAUGUGGUGGUACAGUGGGAGCUAUUCUGACAUGUCCACUGGAAGUUGUGAAAACACGGCUGCAGUCGUCUUCUGUGACACUUUAUAUCUCUGAAGUUCAGCUGAGCACCAUGGCCGGAGCCAGUGUCAAUCGAGUAGUGUCUCCUGGACCUCUCCAUUGUCUGAAGGUGAUCUUGGAAAAAGAAGGGCCUCGUUCCCUAUUUAGAGGAUUAGGCCCCAAUUUGGUGGGGGUGGCCCCUUCCAGAGCCAUAUACUUUGCUGCUUAUUCAAACUGCAAGGAAAAGUUGAAUGGUUUAUUUGAUCCUGAUUCUACCCAGGUACACAUGAUUUCAGCUGCAAUGGCAGGUUUUACUGCAAUCACAGCGACCAACCCCAUUUGGCUUAUAAAGACUCGAUUACAGCUCGAUGCAAGGAACCGUGGGGAAAAGCGAAUGGGUGCUUUCGAGUGUGUCCGUAAAGUGUAUCAGACAGAUGGACUUAGAGGAUUUUAUAGGGGCAUGUCUGCUUCAUAUGCUGGCAUAUCAGAGACUGUCAUCCAUUUUGUUAUAUAUGAAAGUAUUAAGCAAAAACUACUAGAAUAUAAGAUUGCUUCUACAAUGGAAAACGAAGAAGAGUCUGUAAAAGAAGUGUCCGAUUUUGUGGGAAUGAUGCUAGCUGCCGCCACCUCAAAAACGUGUGCCACAAGUAUAGCGUAUCCACACGAAGUUGUAAGAACAAGACUGCGUGAAGAGGGAACAAAAUAUAGAUCCUUUUUUCAGACAUUAUCUUUGCUCGUUCAAGAAGAAGGCUAUGGCUCUCUUUACCGUGGUCUGACAACUCAUCUGGUGAGACAGAUUCCAAACACAGCCAUUAUGAUGGCCACCUAUGAGCUGGUGGUCUACCUGCUCAAUGGAUAGCACCGCCAGACUGCUAUGCUGUAAAGAGGGAAGACCAAAAGAGAAAUUGGACCAUGGAGCACCAGAGCCAGCAUGGCGGACAGAAGGGAAAUAGUGUGGGAACAUGGAACUGUGCCUACGUGGAAGUUUGGUUGUAGGAAUUAAAGUAAUUGUAACCACAUUAUUCAGUCUUUUUAGUAAUGUGGGAAAAAAAACCGUGGCUGCCUCCAAGAAAAAGCCUUUAGAAGCACCCCUUCCUCAAAAUUGCCAUUUUCUCUGUCAUGUCUACAGGAUACCGUUGGCGUUUUGUUGAUUUAUGGCAACCAGAGUAAGUGUUUAUUCCAUGAGCACUUUUCCAGUCUUCUAGACAAAGCCAUCUGUAAUAUAUACUAGAACUAUCCAAAGAAAGUUUUAACAGUCAUAAAUUUCUAACAUCCGGCUUCUGUAUAGUUCCUAUGAAAUUGGAAAGUAACAAUACUAGUAUUUACAUUUCCUUGAGAGGACUUGGCACUGUAUUUUAAAGUAAUUGUUUGGUAUUGGUAGUCACUGUUUUUGACAAAUGAAGUAAUAUCUAAAUAUUGUGCUUACUUUUAAUUUUAAAAUGUGUUGAUUUCUACUGCUCACAGGUGUGUUACGUUUAGCCCAGUGUGAACACUAAAAUUGCUCAGUGUAUCAACUCAAAUGGUAAUAGUUUGGGACAAAAUAAGCCAGCAAAAUGUUGAUUGUUGGCCAUUUCAACAACUUGAGCGUGUUCUCUUAUCUUGUCUAACCUAAUGAUACAUGAAUGAAUGCAAUGUCUCUUCAGUGACUUAACUAAUUAUGAACUUAAAUUAUCACCCAUCAUACCUAAGUAUCAUUUUCUUAAAGUGAAAAAAAAUGUACUGCUUCUGGAUCUUUCUCUAGUUUCACAUUAAGAAUUUGAACCUUUGGAUUAUUUCUGGAAGAUCUUCAUACAUUGCAUUAUUUAGUAGAGAAAAUGGUAAUUUUCAGCUUUGCCUUUAAAAGGCGUUUUUCUUUUUAAGGCAACAUUAUAAGAAUCCGGGGCAGCAUAAACAUUUAUAGAAGGGCCUCUGUUAUCUGAUUGAGUGGAUAGUGAUCCUGACUUAUAGUUUUAUAAGUGAACAAACUACUUUGCAUAAGAAAUGUAUUCCAUCCUAAUUUCUUGAAUGGUAAAUCAUUUAAAAAAUGCAAGUUAAUUCAGAUGAAGUGUAUUAACGAGAUAGCUUUUACAUUUUGCUGUUGAGAUCAACUGCACCUUUUAAUACUGUAAGUGUAUUUAUUAUAUGUAUGGCCCUUGUGAAGAUACUUGCUGUAAGUCUCUAAUAUUAAAGACUUUUGCUUAUGGUUGUUGCUGUACUGGUGUAUGAAGCUUCUACCAUUAAACUCCAGUGUGGUACUCAUUUCGGUAUACAUGAACUGUACGUUGUGUGCAAUGGCUUUAUCUUAAGAAUGACUCUUUGUGAAUGCACUUUGUGGCCUUUUGGGAGGUUAGAGGGGUGUGAGUAGGAGAGGAUUCCCAUGUUGGAUUAUUUUUGUAAAACAUUGGUUAAUGUAUUAGGCAGGAACAGUAUUCAUAACAUUUUUUUUCUGGGAUUUAGGUAUAUUGUUUGGGGGAUAAAUGUUUUAAGUAUUCUUACGUGUACUGCAGUGCCCCUAACAUAAAAAACAAAAGUGUCAUUGCAAGCUUUCUCUGCUGUCACCAGUGAAACACAGUGCCCUGUUAAAUUCCUCCACCUUCUUAACUUCCUUGUAAUCAACAGUAACUGGAUGUUUUUGAGGUGCUUCGAUUGGAAUUAGUAUUCCAGUCUAUUUGGAGACCAAAGGCAAAUUCAGUUUCAUUACCUUUGGGAUUAUUCAUAUCUUUAUGGUGAAUUUCAGCUUUGACAUUUAUUGUGAGAAACAUGCCAAAAAAAAGAAAAGAGUAAUAGGGUUUAUAACUUAAAUCUGUAGAGAAAGUGUCAACCUAUAGUGUUUUGAUUUUCAGGUGCCGCUUAUACUGCCUAAUACAGUGCCAUUUGCCUUGUGAAGAUCUGUAAACGUUGUAUCGAAUGUACAAGAGACUCUAAUUUAGUGAUCUGAAUACCCACAAAUGGUUAAGAAUGAUAUGAAAACCAGCAACUAAGGACCAUCUUAUUUAGUUGUAGCAAAUUCAUAACAAGUGUCCUUCAAGGAUGAACUCAUAUUCUGUUCCUGUUUGUAUUUGUAUUGACCUUGACCUUUUAGUGCAUUGUAUUCAGCUUUUAAAAGUUGAGUAUAUUUCUGUGCUGGAAGAAAAGGAUCUUAGAGUCUCAGGCUUUCUUUGUGCGACAGCUGGAAAGGAGCGAUGAUGUUUAAUUGUUUUGUCCCCCCAAAAAAUACAAUCUGCUGCAGUUUAUGACAGAGAUAAUUUAACAAAAUACAUAUAUAAAAAUUGUAUAUAAAGUCUGUCUGAAACAUUUCUUGGGAGGGUUUUUUUUUUUUUUGGUGCAAACAUUUAACAAGAAAAACAACUUAAAGCAUUGAAAUGUUUUUUUAUUCUGUGUUUUAUUUUCAUCUAUCAGAUAACUAUUACUGUAUAGAGGUAGUCAGCACUCUUCCAAUUGGUAUGUACUUUUAUUUGAGAAUCUUCUCAGAAAAUUGAAUUGCUCCUUUCAGUUUAAAGCGGUACAUACUGAAGAGCAUAUUCAUAGAGCAGCAGAUAAAGAACUCUGGUACUUCUGGCUCACAGAAACAGUUUACUAGAUUUCAGAGUGCACAUCUGAGAAUCACCAACCUGUGAUUGUGGGGUACCACACAGUGCUUUUAAAUCCAGGGAAAAAACUGUGUCACCAAAGCUUGAUUUUCCUUAUGUGUGUUACUUUGCGGAACCAAUGUUAACUAGAUGAGACCCGCAAGUAAUUGAUUUUUUUAAGCUGACACCAAGAGAAUAUUAUUUACAUUGUUUAACUAUGUCUCUGUCUCCUAAAACCAAAUGCCCAUUAUGGAAUAGCAUGGUUAUAUUAGGACUAGCUGAGUUUGGGUUAUUAAGAAUAAUGAGUGUUUACUCUUUUACUGCAGAGUAUAAAUAUGUCAGCAUUUUUUAGAUUUGUUUUAGAUCACUAGAAAUACUGAUUUGACCCUGAAAGAAUUAAGUGCUAGGAAUCAGUUUAUCCUUUAAUCUUCCGGCAUUGUCUGUGCUGUCUUCUGUUGUUUACAUGCUCUUCUGCCUAGACUGUUAGUACUAUCGGGACCCUUUUGGGGCUGCCGGAUGUAAUACAGCCUUUUUCUCUAGUAUUGAUCAUGACUUCAACAUUCCUAAGGAUACAGAUAUUUCUAAAUGAUUUAAAUUGGAAGGGGAUUUUAAUUAAAAGUACUUAGUACAGUGUACAGACUUUCAGCUUACACAGAUCUCUUCUCCAUUGUGCCCUUAUAUUUCUCAAUCUAUACUCUGCUUUUUAUGCUACUCCUUUUAGAAACUGAAGAUUCCUCUUUUACUCAGUUUUUGUGUUAAUAAACAUUUUGAAUGUGUACCCCUGCAUAUGUGAACAUUUAAAUUAUGACCUGUCAGUUGUAGUUAAAUAAUCAACUUCAAAGAGUUGAUAUUCUUUGACCAUUUAUGUGAGGUUUGCUAUUCUUGCAUUCCUGUUACGUGGCUGUAAAUUAUGUGCAUUUACUCUGUAUUUAUGUUAACUAGCUGAAUUUUAUUUGAGUUGUUAAAGUUCAAA